UAAUGCGGUUUGGAUUCAAACUGAACCGGAUCAAUUUGGAUAAUUUUUGGUGGCAAACUGACAAUCACCCUUCCCACGCACAAACCUGUUUUCAUAUCACCAGCCAUGGAAAUACAUACAAAUAUACAUACAUUUAUUCAUAUAUUACAGUAACAAAGAUGCUAGCGAUGAGUUCCCAGACUCUACCACUCCCAAUAACACACACUAUUUCACACACAAUCUCCGAAAGAACCUACAUUCCAUCUCACAUUUACACACACCCUUGUGCUACUUUACUUGAACUCUGCACUUCUCUUGAACAACUUCACCAAAUCAUCCCUUUAAUCAUCAAGAACGGUCUUUAUAAAGAGACCCUUUUUCAAACUAAGCUCAUUAGUCUAUUUACCAAGUUUAAUAGCUUAAACGAAGCUGCUCGUGUUUUUGAGCCUAUUGAAGAUAAGACUGAUGCUAUGUAUCAUACUAUGCUUAAAGGGUAUGCUCAUGCUUCGGUUUUAAAUGAUGCGGUUUCGUUCUUUUGCCGGAUGAAUGUGGAAAAUGUUAAGUAUGUUGUGUAUAACUUUACUUAUUUGUUGAAAAUUUGUGGGGAGUUUAGGGAUGUUAGAAGGGGGAAAGAGAUUCAGGGGGUGUUGAUUGUUAAUGGGUUUGGUGGGAAUUUGUUUGCUAUGACAGGGGUUAUGAAUUUGUAUGCCAAGUGUGGGUUGGUUUUCGAGGCAUUUAAGAUGUUUGAGAGAAUGCCUGUGAGGGACUUGGUUUGUUGGAAUAGUAUGAUUGGGGGGUUUGUGCACAAUGGGCUUGCCAAGGAGGCGUUGGAGUUGGUUGGGGAGUUGCAUAGGGAGGGGUUGAGGGCUGAUCAUGUCACGAUUGUUUCGGUUAUGCCUUGUGUUGGUAGUAUGGGGGCGUUGAAUAUUGGGAGAGCGAUGCAUGGGUUUGUGUUGAGAAGUGGGUUGGAGUCGUUUGUGAAUGUUUCUACGUCGUUGGUUGAUAUGUAUUGUAAAUGCAGGUGCGUGGAAACUGCACGUUUGGUUUUUGAUGGAAUUGAAGGGAAGAAUGUUGUGUCGUGGAACUCUAUGAUUGAUGGGUAUGCCCAAAGUGGGGAUGGUGCUGAGGAAGCGUGGUCGCUUUUUCAAGAGAUGUUGAAUCAAGGGGUGAACCCGACUGGAGUUACUAUAAUGGCGGUGUUAGUUUCUUGUGCUGUUUUGGGUGAUCUUGAAAGAGGUAAAUUUGUUCAUCAGCUAGCUAAUCAAUUAGGACUAGAUAAUGAUGUGUCUAUAGUGAACUCUUUAAUUUCCAUGUAUUGCAAGUGUAAAAGAGCUGACAUUGCUGCCGGUUUGUUUAAGAAUAUACAAAAUAAAACUAUUGUUUCGUGGAAUGCUAUGAUAUUAGGGUACGCACAAAAUGGGUAUGUGACUGAAGCUCUUGAUUACUUCUGCAAAAUGAAACUGCAGAACUUGAAACCUGAUUCUUUUACGUUGGUAAGUGUAAUUCCUGCUCUUGCUGAGUUAUCAGUGACACGUCAAGCAAAAUGGAUUCAUGGUGUAGUAAUUAGGGGUUGUUUCGACAAGAAUGUGUUUGUGAUGACUGCUCUUGUGGACAUGUACGCAAAAUGUGGAGCAAUUUAUACUUCUAGGAAGUUGUUUGACAUGAUGGAUUACAAACAUGUAACAACAUGGAACGUUAUGAUUGAUGGAUAUGGAACUCAUGGGUUUGGAAAGGCUGCAAUCGACUUGUUUCACCAAAUGUUACGAGGGGAUGCAAAACCAAAUAGUAUAACAUUUUUAUGUAUUAUCUCAGCCUGCAGCCACUCGGGGUUUGUGGAAGAGGGAAAACAGUUCUUCACCAUGAUGAAAAAAGAUUUUGCAGUAGAGCCUUCAAUGGACCAUUAUGGUGCUAUGGUUGAUCUGCUUGGGCGAUCUGGCCGGCUUCAGGAGGCAUGGGAUUUCAUUCAAAAUAUGCCAGUUGAACCUGGUAUUAAUGUAUUAGGUGCUAUGCUGGGCGCAUGUAAGAUCCACAAAAAUGUUGACUUAGGGGAGGUGGCAGCAAACAGGCUGUUUGCAAUGAACCCAGAAGAAGGCGGGUAUCAUGUGUUACUAGCGAAUAUUUACUCUAAUGCUGCAAUGUGGGACAAAGUGGCUGAAGUUAGAAAUAUAAUGGUAAACAAAGGAAUCCAGAAAACCCCCGGAUGCAGUUUAGUAAACCUCAAAAAUGAAGUUCACACCUAUUCCGGAACUGUAAGACAUCCACAAUCUAAAAGAAUUUAUGCAUUCCUCGAGACGCUACUGGAUGACAUUAAAGCCGCAGGGUAUGCACCCGACACGAGUUCAAUUCAUGAUGUAGAAGAUGAUAUUCACGAGCAAUUGCUCAAGACUCAUAGCGAGAAAUUGGCUAUUGCAUUUGGCCUUCUCAACUCCAGUCCUGGGUCUACCAUUCACAUUCGGAAGAAUCUUCGUGUUUGUACUGAUUGCCAUAACGCGACAAAGUACAUCUCACUUGUCACAAGAAGAGAGAUUAUUGUACGUGAUAUGCAUCGUUUCCACCAUUUUAAGGACGGGAUGUGCUCUUGCGGAGAUUAUUGGUGAGGACACACUGCAUAUGGCUUAUUAGUGACAUCUCUUGUAAAACCAUUGCAUUCAAUUACAGUAGUGUUUUACAGUUGAAAAUGGUGCCCUGAAGCUAAUUCUGGGCAUUCUUCAUGUGUAGCAAAAAGAUACAGUAAAACAAAAUUUUAGACAUGGUGUUGUCUAUAUGUUUUUUCUGUACAGUAAUUUAGAAUUAGACCCUAGGGAAAAAGAAUGGACACCUAUAAGUACAAUUUUGAUCACCUUUUUUAUAUUUUAUUGUGAUUUCCAC